UUGGUGUCAGCUGCAGUGAAGCAUAAAGGUUUGUAGAAAAAUAGCCGCAAUAGGCGAAUUCACGGCCUCCAAACUGUAGCAACGGGCCGCUGAAAAUGGCGAGAUACCUGAGGCCUCCUAAUACGUCUCUUUUCGUUCGAAACAUCGCCGACGAGUCCAGAAUGUUAAAGAUACAGUUCUGGAGACCCCACACCAAAGAAAGUUGAAAGGCGGUUGUAGAGUAGAUUCAAGCCAAAGACACCCAGGCGACAAGCAGUAGUGGAAUUUGGAAAAUAAAGAGAGAGCGAAAGCAUGAAGAUACAAAGAGGACAAAAAAGAGAGCACCCAGGCUUCCAUUUGUCUGCCAAAGGGAGGAAAAGCAAAGUGUUUAUUGGGCAAAGACAAGCAGGAAACCUGAAGUUCUUCUGCCAAGACAGUAAAGAUCAAGCUGAAGGUCAAAGGUCAAGCAUGUUAAAGGUAACAAGAGAAACUUUUUAUGUCCGAGAUGCAGAAGACGCUCUUCACAACCUGGACCGUAAAUGGGUUUGUGGGCGCCAGAUCGAGAUCCAGUUUGCCCAGGGAGACCGAAAGACCCCUAACCAGAUGAAGGCCAAGGAGCGCCAUUCCCCUCGCAGUUUCUCCCGCUACGAUGAUGACCGGGAUAGCCGCAGAAGACGCUCCCGGAGCCGCAGCUAUGACCGCCGCAGGUCCCGAAGCCCCUCUUUUGAGCGUCGCCCUCGGAGGUCUGAGAGCCCCAGAGACUCCCGAUCCUACAGUCGGCAUAGACGUAGCAGAAGCCAUGAAAAUGACAAGUACAAAGGUCCUACUCGUGACCACCACAGGACACACCAUGAACCAGGUUCACGUAGUCAUUCCACUUCCCGUUCCCCUUCACCAUCCAGAUCAAGACCCAAGGGCAAAAGGAGCCAGUCCGGGUCCCACAGCCCGGCAGAAGACUUCCACCCAACCGCCAGCUCUCAGAAACAGUCUGUGGGGAGAUCUCCAUCGCGGUCCUACUCUAGAUCCAUGUCUCGGUCACGCUCUCGCUCCAGGUCCUGGGCUGGACGCAAGUCUGGGGGCCACUGACUCACUGCUCCUCCCAAGCGCUCUGUUUGUGUGUGUCUGAGGAUGUUUCUGUAUAAUGUUCGACUAUAACUACAGUGUAUUGCUCACUGCUUGCAUUUAUCACCUCAUUAAGGAGGAAUCUGUUGCCAAGGGAAUGAGAGCAGCAGGAGCUAAGAAUUUCUUUUUAAAAACAUGGUGUAAAUGUUUUUUCUGACAUGAAUCGUUGAAGCACAGUUGAUACCAGAUGAUUUUUUUCUUUUGUACAUCUGCAAUGUUGGGUACUGAAAGAAAAUAGUAGUAGCUUUGGCUUUACCAAUGAUAUUUUUGUAUUUUGAGUUAGCAGAACUUACAUUCAUGUCAUCUGUCUGUUUGGUUCUAGUGUAUUAUGUAAACAUAUCUAAAAAUUAAGCUUAAGUCCCUAGCUUACCAGUAUUUACUAAAUGGCCUGGCCUUACAUGCUUGUUUUCAGCAGGCAAACGGUAUACUAUAAUAGCUGCAAUUACUGUGACAAUGGAUGAUGUACUGAAUGUAGUUAGUUGGUACCCAGUAUUUUGUUUGUGACAGUAUGUUUCGGAGGAGUCAUUUUUCAUGUAUUUUGUCAAGUGACUGAAACCAGUAACAUUACCUUUGUUUCACUGUUUUACCUGGUAUCCUUUGUCAAUAAAGAAAUACGUUCUCA